GUCUGUGGAGUUGCCUCACUUUGUGGAGGAUCGAGCGAUCGACUCCGAACCUGUUUAUAUUGCAAAUUCACACAGACUAUUCUCUCUCUAUUUGGGAUGCAAACGAUAUUCUAGUCAAUACCUAUGAACAAGCUUUUUUCACACAAAAGACGCAUAGCGACCCCAACUCGGUUCACCUCGUUUUUCUUGAUUGGUCUGCCAGCGAUCGCUAUCUCUAUUUUAUCGGAGACUGCGUUGGGUUUCUCAUCGACAUUUAUGGAAGCAAGAAGGAUGCGCGGAGUUUUACAUUUGAUCAACCCUUAAAUUCCUUUUCUGCUCAUCCGGAGGAAGAUAUGUUGUGCCUUGUGACUUGUCUUGACAAACUAAUCGAAGUCGAUAUCCAGAAAGACGCAACACGAACACUGCUCAACUACCGAGACAGAUUUCGCUCUGACACAACCCGAAGAACUUCCCUUCCUUCGUAUGCACAAUAUACUGGGUUUGACAAUCUAAUCUUGCUCUGUGUGCAGGGUUAUCUCUGCUUGGUAAACCAAAGCGGGGAGAUCAUUAGCGAGCGCCCGCUCAAGUUUUCGCCCCCCUUUCAGCAGCGAGUUUGCAUCAACCGCGAAGACCGCACCUGCAUUGUAGCGCGCCGUUCCGAGCUUUUAACCAUUUCAUUGCCCUCGAUGGAGAUUAUCUCGUCCUACCGCGAUUCCGUAAACGAUUCUCCCUGGAAGUGUGUGGAGAGUCUUCCCUCCCAGAAGCUCGUAAUGGCGAUGCCAGAGAACUACGUGCUCGAUGGUCCUGUGUUUUACAUCAUGCCUCCUGAGAACGGAGUGGACGUGGUGAUCUACCGAGAGCCCAAGCAGCGCAUGGCGUGGGGUCUGCUUCAUCCCUCGGGAAACAGCAUUCUCUUCUGCACGGACCAGCGCGAAUUGCUGCUGUAUCGCAACGAGGAUCGCACGAUUCAUUGGAACGUAGAUGAGCGGCAAGCAGCCUCCUUUCUAGGGUCCCAUGUAUCCUUAUCAUUUCACGUACCUCAAGAAAAACGAGCAGGGACCGUCCACGAUGGAGCCUUCUUUCGAAGCGGACUAUUUCCCGAUCAGUGAUCGCGGCAUUGAGUUCAUGCAGUGUGAGGUCCUGGGUCCAGUCCGGAAAUCGGAAGGAACCGAGGAUUCGAAUGGAGUGCUGGGAUCGAAGAGGACAAAGAGGGAUGAUCGUAUCGACAAGGCAAGCGAACUUCAUCCAAUCGACUUGUUCUGUGACUGUCCAGAGAAACCGCAAGUUUUCUAUAUGCACCUCGUAGCGGAGGAUCCAGAGCGCGCGGUGCUGCAUCAUGAGAACAUGCUCCCUGAUCCCCUUGAUGAUAUUUACAAUCGUGUGUAAAGUGGUUUGUUGAAAUACCUGUUAAAAAGGCAGUAUACAAGCACGCAUAGCCUAAUUGGAUAAGGCGCUUGCCUACGGAGCAAGAGAUUGUGGGUUCAAGUCCCACUGUGUGCUUUCUUUUUUGCUUUUAUUCCUUUCCAACGACGAUUCUUCGAAUCCCACUUUUAUAUUCCACCCUUCCUCCUAUUCCGGUUUCGGCCUCGUUUCGCCCAGUAGAUCGCUGUAUAGAAUUGAUCACCUUCUUUUUCAAACAAUUCGUUCUUAUCUUUUCUUUUUCCCCGCUUGAGUGUUUGCCAUUUCAACUUUUCCUUUCCUGUUGAAGUAGCCUCCGUUUUCCUGACUUAAGCCAAUGAAACCAGAUAAGGCGUUUCGAAGUAAUCAGCAAGUGCUUAGAAGAUCGAUAAACAAGAGGAAUGCUAUAACGAAGCAUUCGAGUUUGAAAUCAGAAAAAUCGACUCCAGCACCAAAGAACGAUCGAUUCAAAAGAAGACUCGAUAUCAAUCAAGCGAUUAUUGAGGCGUUGGAUGACUAUACAGCGGAACAUGUCGAUGAGUAUUCAAGGUAUCAAAAAGAGCUUCUUCCUUCGCCUCCAAUUUACGAGAAGAAGUCAUCCAACACAGAGAAGCUGUCUUCCCAAAAGAAAACGAAAAGGAAUCACAGUUUUGAUAUUCAGACUCACAAAUCUCCUGUUCUGAGUGCAAAAAAGGCACCACCAGUUCAUGACGAGCUUCCGCCGCUGGAACCUUUGAGUUUGCGUGUAACAGUCGGUAAUCUGUGUGUGAGGAAUAGAGGAAGAUUUUGUGAAUCAAGCAAAAACGCUCUACCGCAAUCUAUUCAAGGGCGGCUCGACGCUUCCUACGAAGUCCCUAUUCUCUGCAGAGCAGGAAAAAGAGCUCAAGCAACUCUUGCUCAAGAUUGUUCGUUCGAACGGGUCUCUUCCCGGUACCAACGAGGAACCUGUGCUGUUCUACUUCUCAAACAGCGCGAUUUCUCGCUUGCUGGACGCGCUCCGUUACGAAAACCCCUACGGUCUGAGCAUUCGAAGCUCUGUUCUCGAAGCUCUGGCUCGCUACGAUAUGAGUUUCCAUCGCUUGAUCAGUCAUGGCUUGCACGAAUAUCUGCUCCAAUAUGUGAUGGACGAGCGCGGUCUGCGAGACAACGACGGUUGGGCAGAGAGCGAGGUGUGAACUGUAGACGAUUUCGCGACGAUUCAUCAGCAGAUCGGCGGGAUCCAUCGCUAUGUGAUGUUGCUGCGCGUGCUGACAGACGUAGACGUGCGCAAUGGCGUGAACGAUAG